AUGUCUUCCAGCAUCUGUAGGCGCCUCGGUUUGGCCACCAACAGCUCUUUUGACAACAGCUCACUCCGGGCGCAGCUUUUUUUAGCUCUUGCUUCAUACGGUGUUCUUGAAUUUGUUUCAUUCAACAAUUCUAUCACAGGCUGUUAUUCUUCUUCUGCCAACACCACAGACGAAGACUACAACUUUAACAAUAUCGUAGCACAGUUUCAGAAACUGUCCUCCGCUGAGAAUUUUCAUGCCGAUGCGGAACAAGCUGCUUUCCAAGCACGACAGCGGUGGCGAGUGGCGUUCGAACCGGCCGCGGUACCGCUCGUUUGUAGUAGCCUUUUUCUUAGUUCGACUAACCCUUUGAUACCUAAAACUUUGCUAGGUUCAUCUGUUGUAUCGGUUCAUUCCACUUCCCUAUCUGUAACUGGCAAAACGGGUUUACGUCUGGAGGAGAAGCUUCUCAAGAUACCAGGAGCGACAGCCUUACUUGAUGAGUCCACGAUUUUGAAUUCCUCUAUAUUUUCGUCCACGGCUUUCGAGAACACUGCAGAAAACUCUCAGUCACUGUUGCAAGACAUUACAAAGAUUUGUGCUUCAUGCAUUGGGCCGUACGUGGGCCUACUCCACUUUGAGAACGCACACGAUGCGGAUCACUACCUCAGGUCACACCAGCUGCGCUUAGCUAAGGAAAACAUUUUUGUAACGUACGUCGGGCCUUCCACUACAGGCACGACAGCGGGUCUUUCACAAGCAGUGCCGCAUCUACUCACGCGUCAUGUUCUUUCUCCCACUGGUUCAGUGCACCUCACCAAUAGUGAACAAGUGGAUGGCCUCAUUCGUGGUUUUGUGGUCAAGAUGAAGGCAAAUACGCGUUGUGUGGUCGAUGCUGGUCUCACGACUGAGUCUUACCAGUGUAUCAUGGUGGAUACCCACUCUAACUUUUUGCGUGUUACAGUUGGCGAUGAAGUUUAUAUCGAGCUUCUGCCAUCCCCUGCCGAUGGAACUAUUAACACUAUGCCGGCAAUAACUUCAACUCUGGAAAUGAACCUUAGGGGUGUUCUGAAGAGAGUUGUUGAUGAUCACUCUAACCUGCAGUCGCAAUUUGCAGUGUCUACGAAUGCACUGUCCAAAUCUCGUCGUGAUCAGUUGCCGACCACCACAAUACGCUCGGCUACAGCCACUCUCGAUCCGAGUCUACAGAUGACUAGAAUUGAUACCAAGACGCUAGCCAGUAAGCUAUUCCAAACAAUCCAGCGAGCAAAAGCCAAUGGAACGUUGACACAGGAUGAGUGUAAAGGAAGCGAUGACGCAUGCUUAGUAUCGAAUAACUCUAAUUCGCAUGGAAUUUUACCUUUUCAGAACUUGAAGCGCUUGUGCGGCUAUCCACAUGGGCUGCACUUACUUUCACAGGUUUCUGUGCGGGUAAACCAAAUAACUGAUAAUGGACUAAAUUGCACGCUACUUACCGUUGUAGAAGGCCAUAGUCAUAGUACACAUAGUAUAGGUCUUCUUUGCAAUGCCACAGCGAAGCAAGAGCCCGUAGGGUGGCCACCUGUUUUCAUUCCCUUUUCUCUUAUACCUACUUCAGUUCCAAACGCUGAUCAAAGCUAUGCCGUCCAACAGGUCCCAACGGCUAGGGGUGACUGGCAAAACUUUGCAAUAGUAGGUGAACGCUUGACAGUGGCGAUUCUUUACACAACCUCUAUUGCUGGCAGCCAAGCCACUCGGCAACUUGUUGCUUCUAAGCUCGACGUGCAUCUGCGAUAUGCGGCUUCCAUGUCUCGUCACAACACUUCUAAAGAGAGUCUCACCGAGUCAGAUGCCACACAAGAGUUUUUUCACAAAGGAUUCGCUGAGGAAAGCACAGAUAAAACGUCAACCUGUUCUGGAACGAUGGAUGAACCAACAGUGGCUGUGGGAUUACGUUUUGAUGGUAUCCCAGUCCAUACCAUCUUGCCGACUGACAUAGGAGGUUUUCAUGGAGAGCCGUUUCCAUGUCAUCUUGUUUACCCCUACUCUGGUAGCACACUAUCCUUGUGGGCGUUGCCUUUGGUACUAAAUACUACUUUGUCUCCUUUCAUGGCUUUAGGUAAUGAUGUUCGAGCGACACCGAUACGCUUUGUGGUGUCUGAAGUCUUGAACAAUACCGCGAGUGGUCAUUAUAUCAGGUUGUUGAGUAUCGAUGACUACGAUAAGAAGAUGGAGGCUAAAGCACAGGCGGAGAAGGACCGUAAGACAAAGCAAUGGAAUGAUGUGAAGUGGAGACUAGCAUCUGUUCUUGGGGAAGAUGCUGUUCAGGGUCUGAACCUCGACGAAGACGUUUUUACCAAAAAGACGCGUACAGAAUGA